AUGGGAAUUCAAGUAGCUAUAGAGUCAAAGAUCAAAAUUCUUGAGGUGUAUGGUGACUCAGCCUUGGUCAUCCACCAGCUAAAAGUGAGUCAAAAAGAAGACAUGCCGUUCAUAAAGAUGCAACAGCUUGAUCAUCCUGCCUAUUGUCAAAUGGUUGAAGAAGAAUCUGAUGGUAAACCUUGGUAUCAUGACAUUAAAAAUUUCCUAAAACACCGUGAAUACCCAUUAAAUGUUGUUGAAAAUGACAAAAGGACAUUGAGGAGGUUAGCAAUGAGUUUCUUUCUGAAUGGAGACGUGCUCUACAAAAGGAAUCAUGAUAUGGUUCUACUUAGAUGUGUGGAUGCUUCAGAAGCACAAAAGAUCAUGGAAGAGAUUCAUGAAGGUUCAUUUGGGACCUAUGCCAAUGGACAUGCCAUGGCAAAGAAGAUUCUAAGGGCUGGAUAUUAUUAG